UUUCGUGUGUUUUCGUAUUGUAAGCGGAUUGCUCGAAGCAUCUUACAUUGUUACAAAAACGUUUUUGCUAUUCAAUAAUGCAACAUUCUGUGCAUUUACUUGUAUGAGCAUUGUGAGAAUAAAACAAAAAGACAAAAGGUGUUAAACCAAACGCAUGCUUUGGCAUGUGUUAGCAAGUGUACAUAAAUACAUACAUCUAUAUUUGUUUGCUAAUAUAUGCUUACAUGCAUGUGUAUAAAUAAAUUUUCGGCAAAGUUGCUGAUUACGCUUUGAACGAGCGCAACAAUUUGUGAAUUUUGUGAAUGAAUUUGGCACAAAUCGCUACGUAAACAUCUCAGCAUAAAUUUUGUUAAAAUACAUACCUACCUAACAAGUAUAUAGUGCAUAUGUACAUAUAUGCUAGACAAAGUGCUAGAAUAGCCGAGUGAUAAGUUUUAGCAGCAUCACACCAUAUACUAUUAUGACACAUAAAUACGCGGGUGCCACAACGUGCACAGUGUUUUCUUGUUGUUGAGACAAAAUAAUAUAAAAAAUACAAAUAUAUACAUACGUACAAUUGUUGUAUAUGUACCGCCGAAGUGUUUCGUAAAAGUGCAAAUCAAACAACGCGAAAACGAAAAUCUCAAAGGCGACGAUUUGGUCAUAAAACACAAGAGUUAUGAUUUUCGAACACAUCGCCUUGGUAUGAUGCAAUGUGCCAAUGUUGUUAGUGUAGUGUUAUUUUUAUUGCAAACCAGCGAGCCAACAACGAAGGUAAGCGUAACGUUGCUGAGGCAACUAGCAAACCGUGUGACAAGCAUUUGCUGCUGCUCGGAGCAGCAGUAACAAUAAUACAAAGUAAAUAAAAAUACAAAUUACAAAUAAAAGUAAAAGAAGACACCGCUGACUUCCAGUGUAUUGGGGAAAAAAGUAAAAGCCAAAGCCAUAAAUACCCUCUGCGGGCUAUAAAAAGAUCAAAGAUCUCUGCAAACACAGCCAGGCAAGCACACCGCCGCCAUGGCGCGCUCCAACGUCAACAUUAACCACAUCAACGACGACACCAGUGACAACAAGCCAAGUGGCAAGAAGCGUACGACGCUGCCAUGGCACAUCCUUGCACUAUUUGCUAUGCUUUGUUGCAACGCAGCACUGCCAGUAGCGGCCGCCACCGUUGCGGACACAAGCGUUGACAGCAGCACCGAAGCAAUUGUGGAUGCUGUCUCGUCGGAUGCUGCCGUCGAUGACGACGGCGUUAGCGUGGCUAAGAGGUCUGCAGAAGACCCACAACUGCAGCAUUUCUUUCGACAUCAGGAACACUAUUCGCACCGCAUUGAGCAGGCCGUGAACGACUUGAAACGCACGCAAUUGCAACAGCAACUUAGCGGAAAUUAUAGCAACACUACUGCUAACAACGUUGAUGGCAGCGUUAAUGGCGACAAUAGCGGUACUAGCGACAAUGACGACAACAACAACAACAACUAUAUGCAUUACCAGUCCCAACUGCAGCCACGUAAGUCAGAACACUUGCGUCAUCACAAUCAGCGGCAUCACUCUGUGGCACCAGUCAACGCUUGGGAACGUUAUCUACUGCCACCUUUACGCCAUCAACGCCAUCAGCAGGAACGUCAGCAAAAUCAACAACCCGAGUAUGCAGCAGAUGCAACUAUGGUGGUAACAACCGCACCAUUAAUGCCGCUGGUGGCACCUACAGCCACCGAGUUGGCUAACGAUGCCGCUGCCGUCGCUACAACUAAUGAGCAGGCCAAUAUAUUGCCGGCCAUAACGCGCUCGGCCAACGGCAGUAGCGUACAGCAGCAACUGCAUAUAAAACCACAUCGUUACUUCGAUCGUGAUGGACUCUACCAAUCGUCCUCUUAUAUCUGGACAACAAGAGGUCCGCGUGUGCGCUCGAACGCGAAUUAUUGGCGCACAAAAGAUUUUCCAAGCACCCACUUGUCUGGUGGUGCUAAACAAACAGAUAGUCAGCGGAUUUCGCUCAAUCUAAACGCCGACUCGGAAGACGAGUCUUACACACACGAAGAGUCAAGAGAGAAGAAGUUUAAAUCGAAUGAGCCGCGUGGAAAUGUUGAUGCAGACAAUGACAGUGAAAUUGUUAAUGACGACAACGAUAGCAGUAGUGAUGAUUACGAUGAUUAUUCAUAUGAGGAGGACUCAACGGAGGCGGCGCAAAGUGCAAAUGAAUUUCCCAACGUUAACAACAUGUAUGAUCGCGAGCAUCGCAGCGCCGUAAAACGUUAUACCAAUCCAUUUAACGAUUUACGUUUGCCACCCAAGAAGCGCGACUAUUCACCGCACCCAUAUAUGUCGUUGCGCCGGCGCACUGUACCGGGUGGUAAUGCUCACAAUGCAUAUGCUAAUUUCGGUGUCGACUCCGUUGAUGACAAUAGUGAGGUGGACUUUUCUAGCGAAAAGUGGCAGCGCAUCCGGCAAGAGCAUCAUCGCAAGCAGCAAGAACAUCAGCGUCGAAUGAUGGCUUUGCGUGCGCGUCAUGCUGCUAAAUCCAGCGCUACAGCGGCAGCUGCUACAGCAACGCCGUUGAUUAUGGCUGCGGCGGCAGCACCAUCAACGCAGCAGCGCCAGAAUGAUGAUGAGGACGCCAAUAACAUCAAUUCGCAAUACUAUAUACCCGGCACAUUGACACGCCAAAAGCAGGAGGAAUUGGGAACGCCAGACGCCGUACAGGAAACACGACGCUCACAUGUGAAACAUAAGCAUGAAAAAGCUUUGGCCAGCGAACACGUUAAGCAAAUUCGUAGCGAAGCCGCUUGUCGUGUUCCACAGCGACGCGUCGAACGCAUACAGCGCGACCCCUCAAAGACCUACACGCCGCACUGCACGGUGCUCCACCGAUGCACCGACGAGACUGGUUGUUGCCGCAGCGAACGUCAAACGUGUGCACCGAAACGCACAAAAAACGUCGAUUUGUAUUUCUAUGUUCACAGCAUCAAUGAAAAGGGCACCGUCGAACGUUUAACAUUCGUUAAUCACACGGAAUGUCACUGUGUGGAGAAGACGCAACAACAGGUCGACGAAUACCACAAUAUGGCAAUGUACGACAUGACCUAUGGCGGACAGACAAUGCGACACGCAACGAUAGUCAACUGUAAUUGUCCCAAAUUGUAUGAGAAAAUAUUGCAAGAAGAUGGCUUUUGUCGCUGCGAUUGCUCGUCCGGCAACACCGGCUGUGACUGGCUUAAACGCGGCAUGGAGCAUUUCUCGAUGAUCGAUCGCAAAUGCAUAAGCGAAGGCCGCUGUAAGCCGCCCACAUGUGAGCACGGCAACUACAUCAAAAAGUUUGGACGCUGUCCGCGGCGCGAGGAGCAGUUGCCAGCCGCCUUGACUGAGCCGGUGAUGAUGGCGACGAACGCGCUCUCCAGCAGUGAUUACCAUUGAAACGAAUUAUUGAUAGACAAGCAUUUUAUUGCAAAAAUGAAACUAAAAUUAAGUAUUAAUAACUUUUAAUAAUUAAAAUAAUUAAUUUAUUCGAUACAAAUUAGACGAAACUACUUAUGAAGGGUGGGAGAAAAAAUGCGAAGAAAUAUAUAAAAAAUUUAAAAAAAUGUAUGGCAAAAUUGUUGGAAAAAGAUGGAGGGAGAAUUGAAAUUUUUGUGAGAAAAUACUCAAAAGAGAUAACGUACAAUAAUAAGCAGCAAAAUGAAAUUUAUGCAUUAAUAAUUAAAUGUGAUUUAAAAUUUUAAACUUAAACUCGCAUAAGUCAAGAAUAUAUGUAUACUUUCCAGUUUGAUGCAAUACGCGUGCAUAUCUUAUAUAAGGUCACUUAAAAUGCAAAAUAACGUGCCAACAAAAAAUUCGAAAUUGAGUUUUUAUUGCUUACGAUUCGCCAAUUCAUAUUACAUAUUUGUAGUGGUAUAUACCAUAAACUUUAACCGAUAUAUAACCAAUACAUAACCACUCUAUAACCAUUUUAUAACCGAAACUCAAAUUUUGUUUAUAUGAGAUGUUUCUAUUAUAACGUUUUUCUUUCGCCUCUAAGUUCAUUUUCAUCUGCCGCUGUCAGAUAUAACCGAUUUAUAACCAUUUUAUAACCAAAACUAAAUUUUUUUCAUAAGAGCUGUUUUUAUUAUAACGUUUUUCCUUCGCCUGUAAACUUAUUUUCAGCUGUUGCUGUCAGAUAUAACCGAUAUAUAACCGUUUUAUAACCGAAACUCAAAUUUUUUUUAUAUGAGCUGUUUCUAUUAUAACGUUUUUCUUUCGCCUCUAAGCUCAUUUUCAUCUGCCGCUGUCAGAUAUAACCGAUAUAUAACCGUUUUAUAACCGAAGCUCAAAUUUUCUUUAUAAGAGCUGUUUUUAUUAUAACGUUUUUCCUUCGCGUGUAAACUUUGUUUCAGCUGUUGCUGUCAGAUAUAACCGAUAUAUAACCAUUUUAUAACCAAAACUCAAUUUUUUUUCUAUGAAAUCUUUCUAUUAUAUCGUUUCUCCUUCGCCUAUAAACUUAUGAAACGCGAUGUUACGUUAUUUUGCAUUUUAGGUGACGAUAGGCAUAAUAUAUAUUAUACCAUAUAUGCAUGUGUAUGUAUCAUUUGUACUAAAAAAUGUAUGCGCACCCUAAUGCAUUUAGCGAGUGCUUUAACUCCCAUCAAUUAUCACUUAUAAACUUCCAUGUAAGCAAUGCAUGCAAUUUACAUUGUUUUAAUGUACGAAACCUAGACAUAUGAUUUGAGAAGACUUUUAACAGCGAACUUUUUACUAAGUAUAUACAUACAUACAUACACACUUACAUAUGUAGUGAAUUGUAGUUGACGAUAAAUAAAUAUCAAUCAAAUACGCUAUUAAAUAGAAUUUAUCUAAAAUUAUUGUUAAACGUUACACAACUAAAAUUAAUAAAUAAAUAAAUAAUAUUAAUAAUAGUAUUAAACCAUAUUUAACACUUACACAAAUAUACAAGUUGUGCAUUUGUAAAGUUAAAACGCUAGUUUUACUUACUAUUAUUGAUACACUGAGAAAAAUGAAAAGCAAUUCCAUUGAUAUUUUGACUGCGUUAAUUUAGUAAUAUGUAACUAAUGUUAAAGCACUUUAAAUAUACACACAUUAAAGUUAGACGAAUUUAAGCAUUUACAUAUGUACAUGCCUAUAUACUUUAAGUUAUGUUUAUUAACUAAUGAUUUUUUGUACAUUUUUCUACUGUCUGCAAUAAUUAAACGAAAUUUUAUAACUCUAAUUAGUCACAAGCGAGUAAGAAAAUUAAUAUUUUCUGCUAAAAUUAGUUGAAAACACUUCAAAUUAACAGCAAAUGUAUGUACAUACAUAUUACAAUUUUUUUUUUACCACGUACUUUGUACUGUUUAAGCAAUUACCUGUAUUUAAGUUUAUUAUUUUUUUUCUAGUCAAUUAUUUUAGUUAUUUUUUAUAUGUAUAUUUAUGAUGUGUUUAAUAAAUAUUUAUAAGAUUAGCUAUUUUAAAUUACACAAAUAUACACAUACUAUAUAUUAUAUAAAUAGCUCAGAGCACACAUGUAUGUAUGUGUGCGCUCCAAACUUAUUGGCGACUGCAACAACUAUUUUCGAAUUAAUGAGGGUGUUUUAGAUAGUACUUAGAAGCUAUAGAAAUGAGAAAAUGUUACUCCUAAAGCAGUGUGUUCAUAAAUAUGGCUCGGUUAAGUGAUUUUAGACCAUUUCCGCAUUUCAAUUUUCAACCUCUAGGCUUAAAAUUGCGUAGAAGACUCACGAAUUAAAAAAAUCUAAUAUUAUACCCCAAAAGAACCGACCUUCAUGCUGUGUUGCAAAGAAAUAGUAACGCUAGAAAUUUGUAUUUGUUGUGAAAUAUUAACCGUUUCAAAAAUUUUGCUUGUGUUCGAUUCGUCAUUUCGCUGCUCGCUUUGUCAAAACUCCACUUCCAUAACAACAAAAGAAACGCACAAUAAAGGUGUCCAGUCUAUUUAAAUACAAAAGAUAAUGUUGAUUUCUUAUUAAAGUGCUAAGAAACACUUUUCAUUCCAUCAUUUCUUCGUUAUACCAGUCUAUUGAAUUUAUGCAAGUUGCAUGUUCUAUUCAGUUCAAAUACGAAAACAGCAACAAAGAUAUUUAGCUGAACACAAUGUGACUUCCCAUCAUAUUCUAUCGCCUUUUGUAUAUCUGUAUCUAUUUUUGAAGUUUAUACCAAUUGUUUGUUUCUUUUAAUACUUUCCAAAUAUUGGCGAAUUUAAGCCUGGUUUUUUUAAAUGAAAAAUUGUAUGUGGAUACUUUAGCAAAAUGGUAUAAUCACUUGUAAUUUAAUCUUUUGUUGAAAAUACCAGUCUAUUGAAUUUAUACCAGUUCCCUAAUCGAUUCAUUUUAAACGAAAAAACAGCAACAAAGAUAUCUAAAUGCACUUAAUAUAUCAUAUUCAUAUUCUAUCGCCUUGUGUAUAUGUAUGUAUAUGUUUAUAUAGUUUAUACCAAUUGUCUGUUCGUUUUAAUACUUUCCAAAUAUUGGCAAAUUUAAUUUAUGGCAAAAAAUUGGUAUAAACACUUGUAAUCUAAUCUUUUCCUGAUUAUGCCAGUCUAGUUAAUUUAUACCAGUUACAUAAACGAUUAAAGUUAAUUGAGAAAGCAGCAAAAAAGGUUUCUUGAUGAACUAAAUGAAACAGAGUGUCUUCCCAUCUUAUUCGAUAACUUUUUAUGCCUUUCCACGUGAUUUAUACCACUUCCAUGUUCGUUUUAAUACUUUCCGAAAUUCGACCAAUCAAAGUCCUGUUUAUGUAAAUAAACAAAAUAAUGUGGUUACCACAAAAAAGUGGUAUAUAUACUUGUAAUUUAAUCUUUUAUUGAUUAUUCCAGUCUUUUUAAUUUAUACUAGUUCCCUAAUCGACAAAUGAGAGAGCAGCAACAAAUGUUUCUAAAUGAACUCGAUGAAAUAGAGUGUCUUGCCAUCAUAUUCGGUAUCUUUUUUUGUAUGUCCAAAUGAUUUAUACCAGUUGCAUGUUCGCUUCGAUACUUUCCAAAAUUCGAUCAAUCAAAGUCCGGUUUAUAUACAUAAACAAAAUUAUGUGGUUACCUCAACAAAAUUCUAGUAGAAACUUUUGCAAUUUUAUCUUUGCUUGACUAAGCCCAUGUUUUAAUUAUACCAGUUCCUUGUUCGAUUAAAUUUAAGAGAGAAAGCCAUAAUAAAGAUAUCCAGUUGAAUUCAAUAAAAAAGAGUAUUUUUCUAUAAUACUCUGUAUUUAUUUCUUUAUAACAGUGAUUUAUACCAAUUGUGCGUUCGAAUCGUCAUUUCGUUUCUGUACUAACCAAGAUAACGAAACUAACACAAAAUGAAGAAAGUUACCAUUCGGCAUGCUGUUUCAGUGGAAAUUGUGAACAAAUCGCUUAACCUUGCCUUCAGCUAUGUGAGAGUUCAAAUAUGGUAAUACAUUACUUAUAAUAUUGCGAUCCUUUAAGACUUUUUCUACAAAAGUAUCCUUUAGACUUUUUAAGACCUACAAUUUUCAACUGAAUAAUGACCAUAUAAAGUAUUUUUUUACCUUGGCUUAACUACAAGAACAAUCUAGAACGGCUUCUUUAAAUUUUUAAUUAUCUAAAAAUAUCUGAUAUUAUUUGAUAUUGGUAACCAUAUAUACAGAGGAAGUAAAAAAAUGAUUUUUUCACCAAAAGUCAUAUAUAAGCCUUAUCUGAUCGAUUACUGACUAAGUACAAUAUUCUGCCUGGAACACUGCUCAAUUUUAAGAGACUAAAUAUUAAAUUUUACUUACCAUUGCCAGUAAAAGUGCAAUUUACAGUUAAUAAUGUUUUAGUUUUAGCUGCUCUUUUUAUCAAAACUGCCCAGCGAUCCUAACUCACCACACUGAUUUAUUGCAAGAAUUAAUUGCGAAACUGUAAGAAAAUUUAAAUGUAAAAGCGAUUAGUUGAAAGUAGCACUUUUUUUUUUAUGAGAAAACGCUUUCUUUAAAGAACCAUAAAUAGGUUUACUUAUUAAGAAUAUUUGUGUUCGAAAGUAUGGUACUUCAAAGUUUUAAAAAACAUUUUUUAAUAAACUUAUUAUAUCAUACUAUUCUUAUAAUUCCAUAAAAUCACGAAACUGCCAGAAUUGUAUUCUCGUACAGAAGAACUGCUGCAUUGCAUCGGAUAUGCAUUGAUGAUUACUUUCCUUCUUAAUUCCUAACACCAGUCCCUAACGCAGUCUAUUGAUUCAAUUUAUAUUGUUCGCAGAGGAGAAUUAGAUCAGUUAUGGCUGACGAAUUCCAAAGUUGUCUGAACGAUUCCGAAGUUGCUUUACAUUAAAGGAGUUAAAGUUGUGAAGAUUUCGUGGUAGAACUAUAGAAGUAGAUUCUUAUAUGUAUAACGAAAACAUGUCACAUUUGGUGAAGUAAUCAGUCAUCAGUAAAUACUCAUCGUAAAAAUCGCCAAAUGCUUUCAGAAAGACCAGUAUGUACUAAACUUUUAUUAUUCUUUUGAUGUGACAUUUGGCACAGAAAUUUAAAUUAAAAAGUCUUACUAUUCAGCGAAGGAUAAAUAUUUUCUUUUUUAUUAUCUAAUGUUCUGAUUUUUAUUUAUCGUAAUGCUAAUUAUGUGUAUUAUGUAUUUUACAACAGAAAGAUUAAUUCGUGGUACCCUUAACAAGAUCGAAAUUAUAAAAUAUAGUAACGCACAUUGAUUCGAUUUUUUCAUGCCUCACUGUCUGUCAGUCCGUCUGUAUAAACGCGAAUCUCCCAGUUUUUGAGAUAUGGAUCUGAAAAUUUGCACAAAUCACAUCACAUCGAGGCGCCAGAGUCACCAAAGCAUUGGCCUAGCACGCUGACUGCUUUCCUUUUAUAGAGCCAGCUAGCAGCCAGUUUACCGUGAGAUCAUCAAAUAACUUUUAAAUCACAUCACAUUGUGGCGCGAGGGCCAACAAAGCACCAGAUAGGCACGGUGGUGGACUAUAUAGAGCCAGAUGCAGCCAGAUUCUCCAGAAGUCACCUACUUGCUUUACAUAUAUAGAGCUACAAGGUGACCUCAUGACUUUAUAAUCACAUCGAGGCGCGAGAGUCACCUAAGUUCUGGCCUGGUCCGGUGCUUGUUUUACUUAUAUAUAGCCAGCUGGCAGACAGCUUCCCUUGAGUCACCUGGUGAUUUCCAAAUCACAGUACAUCGAGUAAUGGCAUGGUGCCUGCUUUAUUUAUAUAGAGCCAGUUAGCAGCCAUCUUCCAGUCAUAUGUAUCAUUACUUUUAAAUCACAUCACAUCGAGGCGUGAUGCUUAGGUGACUGCACUGCUUUUGUCUCGUCCAGCCAACAUUAAUUCUCGGCGAUGUGGUGCCAGUUCUACUACAUCUUCGGCAAAGCUUCACCCGUUUAAACUUUGCUUCGGCAGACAGAGUUCCUCAAUUUUGCAAAAUAGCCAUACUUUUCUGUCUUACCUUCCUUGGUGGCUACCUUGAUAAUUUCAAAAGAGACAAAUAGCGAGAGAUAAAGCCGAAUGUUGAAAAGGAGAGGAAGGAUUUAUAAUUAAUUUAUACUCUUUAACGCUUAGAAACAACUGUAAGACGUAAAAUUUUCAAAAUAUUAGACACUUGAAAUAGAUAAUUAUUAGCAUUAUGCAAUUUUAAAAUAAUAUUUGGACUUCUUUGGCAGAGCUACUAAACUAACCUCACUUUUAUUUUCAAUUUUAUAUAGUAAACACGCACGAAAUUGUUCGUAAUUUAAGCUAAUUAUUUGUAUGUACAUACAUUAACACAAUUAAGCAGUAUAUUAGUUUAAUGAUAAUGACGAAAAUGUAGAAAAAAUAAUUUUAUUCAAAACACAAAAUGUAUGCAGUUUUUAAGAAAUUCUCAAAGUUUCUUUUUAAUAAAAAUCAAUCAAAAAACUACAAUAUCGAAUUAUACACAAUACAA